AUGGCUAAGACCCUCCAACUUCCCAUUAUCGACCUCGCUUCCUCCGACUGCACCUCCACCUCUUCCUCAAUUCGUCAGGCUUGCGUGAACUAUGGUUUCUUUUACCUUAUUAAUCAUGGAGUGGAGGGAGACUUGUUACGUGAAGUGCUUGAAGGGAACAAAUUUUUUUUCGAACUCCCCCUUGAAGAGAAGAUGAAACUGGCUCGCAAAGAAAAUAGAGGUUACACACCACUAUAUGCUGAAAACCUUGACCCAUCUUCCAGUGCCAAAGGUGACUCAAAAGAAAGCUUCUACAUUGGACCUCUUGAAGACAGUACACGUGGAUACUUGAAUCAAUGGCCACCAGAUGAGAUUCUGCCAUGUUGGAGAUCUACCAUGGAGAAGUACUACAAAAAAGUCCUGGAAGCUGGAAAAAGACUCAUCUCGUUAGUUGCAUUGGCACUGAACUUAGAGGAAAACUUCUUCUAUGACAUUGGGGCAUUAGAUCAACCAAAUAGUUUUCUUCGCUUGCUACACUAUCCAGGUGAUUUGGGACUUGUUGAUGAAGAAAUGUACGGUGCUUCUGCUCAUUCAGAUUAUGGAAUGAUAACUCUUCUGGCAACAGAUGGUGUAGGUGGACUUCAGGUUUGCAGGGAAAAAGCUAAAGAGCCACGGGUCUGGGAAGAUGUACAUUAUGUCCCUGGGGCCUUCAUUGUUAACAUUGGUGACAUGAUGGAGAGGUGGACAAAUGGUUUGUUUCGGUCAACGUUGCACAGAGUAAUGCCAACAGGACAAACGCGGUACUCGAUGGCUUUCUUUUUGGAUCCCAAUCCAGAUUGUGUUGUGGAAUGCCUUGAGACUUGCUGCAGUGAAUCAUAUCCUCCAAGAUUUCCGCCAAUCCGCAGCGGAGACUAUCUGGAAGAGCGCUUCAAACUUACAUAUGGCUCGUGA